CCAUUUUGUUUAUUUUUGUAUUCUAUUUUUUUGAACUUUCUUGUGUUUUGGAGAAAUUUUGGCGUGAAAAUGCCGCCAAAAAAGAAAAAGUCAGGCGCCAAGAAGCUGGCAAAUAUGACAGAAGAAGAAAGGAUGAUUUACCUGGAACAGAAACGUCUCGCUGAAGAGGAGAUGCGGAAGAAAAAGGAAGAAAUGUUGACACAAUUUUUGAAAGUAUUUAUACCAUAUUGCUUUGAGUAUCUCUGUCAUCUUCCUAGUAGAUAUAAUACUAGUAAGAUAUUAGCAGGUUGUUUUAGAGUUUGCCUUUUGCAUUUCUGCCUGUAUGGAUGACAUGAAGAACAGUGGGAUUUUCAAAACAAUGAAAAGACUGAUGCCAAUGCCCAAUGGAACAUUCUGAUCACUGGAUCAUAUCUCAUGAUGUCUGCAGACUCUGCAUCAUGUUACUAUUGUGAUACUAUGCAGUGCAUUAUUCUGUUGAUAGAGAGAUUUAGAUUACGCUACAAGUAUGACCAUGAGAUUAAUUGGAUAUGCCAUGAUGUCAUCUACUUUCGCCAUCAUGUACUGACACCAUACAAAUCUCGUAGCCAUGAUCCAAAUUGACAACAGGAUUUUUUAAAAGUCUUGUAGUAAAAACUACUACAAGAUUAUGGUGUGAGCACUAGAUGUGUGCAAAUCUGAAACCAAUCCAAUUUCAGAACAAAAAUAUUCAUUUCGGAUUGGAUCGGAUUGAUAAAGUUGUUUCGUAGUCGGAUCGGACUUCGGUAUUUGAAAUAAAAUGAAUUAAUUAUCCAGAAUCAUGCACUUUGUCAGCUUCUUGACAUGUAUUUCUUGCUUUUAUAUUUAUUUGGUUAAAUAUUUCCACUUGAAUGAGAAGUGUAUUUUAUUAAAGGAUUCUCAGAUUGGAUCGGAAUUCUUUAUCAAAACUCGGAUCGAAUUAGACAAAAUUAAACAUUAGCCAAUUGUCAGAUUCUAAACGUCCAAUCCAAUCCAAUGCACACCUCUAGUAUGGAAUGGUUUAAGAGGACGACUAGCAUAUUUGUAAGUAUUUGCAAGCAACAAAUGUCGUAGUUGUCCCCAAAUCUAAAGCUUGCUAAUAUUGAGAGGGGGGGGGGGGCUUGCAUUCCCCAUGACUUACAACUGCUUGUCUACAUUUGUAGGAUAAAUUAGGAAAAGAAGAAAAGAAUGCAAAAUUUAAUCUUCACAAACUUCAAAAUCAAUGGAGAGUAAUUAUGAGAGAAAGUAUGUCACUGAGACAUCACAAGUGUUCAAAAUAUUAAUUAAACAAGGAUCUGCUUUCAUUGUCUGAGCCCAUAAAAAUCUGCAUGCUACCUAUUUUGGGGUGAACGGUUCAUCACUUGCCAUAGCUUUACACUGAGACAAUCAUGGAGCAACUGGGAAUGAGCAUUGGGGGGGGUGCUAAUAACUCUGCUCACAUGAGUCAUGAAACCUGCUCAACCCUUUAAGUGGCAAUGUGCCCAGAUGUACCCUACUUUAUUUUUUACUCUGUCUGAUGCCAGAUGAUUUUACUCAUCAGGGGAAGAGUGCUGCCACUCAAUGGGUUAAUUAACAUUCUUAGGUAAAGCUCAAGAUUUGAAGAAAGAUAUUGAGAUUCUAAGUCAGACAUUUGAAAGAAUCAUUGAUCGUAAAGAAGCGAUCAUCAAGUCGCUCGUUAAGGAUAUUGAGGAGGCAGAGGAACAAUACGAGAUGGCGUUAAGAAGUCAUCUGCAGAAUCAAGAUCAUUUAAUAGGUAUGGAUGUAGUUAGAUGGAUUUUCUGGGGGUAUGUAGGGGUACUAAAUAUUAAUAAGACCAAAAAUCUUAAAACUCCCUGGGGGCUUCACCUGCUUACUCCCAACCUUUCCCCCAGCUUGCUCAGCAGUGGCACUAUGUGCCCCUCAUUCAUCUCCCCCUUGAGCAAAAUCUGAAAAUCCGUCUAUGGUUAAAUAAGUGUAAACAAAUUUGUAGACAAACUGCAAAGAUAGUUCUUAUUGACAAGAUGAUCCUUCUGUUUAGCAUAAUUAUAUAGAUGGAAGAAUUGUGAGACAAACUGUCUUUACCUUGGCACAGAAUUGUGCCAAAUAUGAAUGAGAUAAAUUUUGUUGUUAGAUUUACAUCAGAACAGAUUGCAAAAGCUUUCAGAAGAAUUCAAAAAAGAACAGGAAAUAAUUAAACAAGAAUUUGAUAAAGAAAGGUCAGUUAAUUUACUCAAUUCUAUAUAAUAUUUGCAGCCAAAUACAAGAUUACCAUCUGACCACUGCUUCACCAUGGGCAGACCUGUUAGUUGGAUUGGACCAGCCAAUCUUAAGCCUAAGGUCAGGGGCGUAACCAGUCCCCAAACAUUAAGAGGUUACAUCUCCCCAACCAGUUUCUUCUCAGUUUUGAGUGGGGGGGAUGGUCAGACCCCUGUAUUCUGCCUGUGACUACACCUCUGCCUAUGGGAGGUGUAAAAGUUGCACUAGAUCCAGACCUCCCCAGUUUCCCCCAAUUACCGUGAAAUUCCCGCAUUUUUGUUUGCUUUCACGCAUCACGCAUGAAGUGACUUUCUUCCCGCAUUUUUAAAACUUAACUUGUCGAUGUUUCUUCCUGUGGGGCAAUUACUCCCAUUUCUUUUCAUUUGCACAAUGUCCAAUGCAUUCCUUUUGCCAACGCCAGUAAAAUGUGUGUCUCAAUCGCAUAUCAAAAAGAGAGAAAAAACUGGAAGACUCCUGAGCUGAGGAGCGCUAUUUUUUUCCGUUUGGGAAGGAGGAGCGAUGCUAACAUUUCAUAUUUUUAUAGCAUGAACACAUAAGGUUUGUGCUUCGAAAAAGGCGGAAAAAACCUCGGAAAGGCAAUUUUCUGGCGAUCUGGGGAACUCAAAUUUCAAAAUCCCCCCCUGCAUGGGCGCGCCAACCAUGGUGGCACCUUGUGCACACUAAACCUAAUGAAAUUACCUUCCGGCAUUAAAUUUUUCAAAACUUGACAGGUCUGUAAAUUGCUAGUCAGCUUAAGGUUGCUAGUUCAGCAGGGUUAGGUCCAGUCCAACUUUUAUGCCAACAGUAUACCAACACCAGACAAUAUUACUGUUGUCUCUGCAGACAAGAAAUAAUCUUGCAACAUAAACAAGAAAUAACAGACAUUCAAGACAUUGUUUUUGCAAUGGAACAAGAGAAUCAAGAGCAAGAUGGCGAGAUGAAACAGGAAUUUCAAAGUUAUAGAGAUGAAAUUAAAAAUAAAGUAGGUUUGUCUAAUGUUGUACUCCGAGGUACCUAGGAUUGAACGUCCUACCGUGAUGAUCUACCAUGACACCGCAAGUGCCGGUCUAAAGUAUGUAAUACAUAUUGUUACAAAGUUGAUCAAAUCUGUUUUUAUUCAGAACCUGGAAGAAAAGCAUACUCUUCGAAUACAACUGGAAGGAACGGUUGAGGACCUAUGGCGGCAAUUUCAACAGGUAACUCUAACACAACUUCUCACUCGCCAUUUUACCAGCCAAAAGUGCAUGAGAGUUGACAGUCACACAACCUUGGGGCUUGGUUAGCUGUUCUUAAUGCUUCGAUGUACCUUUCUUUAGGCUUUGAAAAACUACAAUGAAACGACGGAAGAACGAAAAAAUGCUUUUGAAAAUUUGAAACAAAGAGAUGAAAAAAGUGCGAAAGAAAUUGAAACACAGAUGAGAAAGCUACAAAGAAUACAGGUGAAGACACAAGUCUUUGAACACUCCUCAUGAACCCUGACAAGACUCUUGCUUCGUCCACUAUGCAGAGAAUUUAUCACGAUUACCAUUUCUGUAGCGAAAACUUACAUGUGAAUAUGAUCAUGGUUGUUAUAAGACCUGGUUAGGAAACCCGGCAAACUUCAAAGAAAUUACGCUAUAAACAAACAUGGAGGUUGAACAGUCAGUUUGACCCUGCACAUAUUGGUUUUAAUCAAUGAGAAUUGACCAAUCCCCCAAUUAACCAAAUUUUUGAACUCAACAAGUCUAGACAAAAAUUUUACCACAGCUUGAAAGAGCAUCACAAAAUUAGUAAUAUUCCGAAGUUUCGUUGCGAAAUGUUGUAACAUGCGGAUAAUAUAGCCUUGCGAAAUUUGCAAUUCAAUCAUUUUAGAUUACAAACUGGAAAUGGUUACCACUUCCGUGCGUAAUACAAAAUGACUGAAAAUUACAAACUUCGCAAGGCUAUAUUAUCCGCAUUUUACAACAUUUCGCAACGAAACUUUGGAAUAUUACUAAUUUCGUGAUGCUCUUUCAUGCUGUGAUUUUGUCUAGACUUGUUGAGUUCAAAAAUUUGGUUAAUUGGGGGAUUGGUCCAUUGACCAAACGAUGUAACACAAACAUUCUCCAUCGAAAAAUGGUGGUAAUUAUACUUCGUUAUUUGCACAAUAUGCCGUAAGAUAUAGCCCUGGUAGGCAAAACAAAUACUUGGUACCCAUUCCCUUUGCCAAGCUUUCUGGCUGACUAUUGUCAAACAAUAGAAAGACAAAGUAUUUUUUAACCGUGACCCUGCACAAGGUACACAUUCACCUAAAACAAAGGGUUUCCAAACCAUGUCAUAUAUGUUUGUGUGAUGUUACUCUGAGUGUAUAUCCACACCGGGCAGGCUUGAAAAAUAUGCCUGGCCACGGCGGGAUUCGAAACUACGACCUUUGGAAUACUAGCCCAAUGCUCUUCCAACUGAGCUACGCGGUCAGGUCGGUUCGAGUAUACGAUAUUUCGGAACAGAGUCUAGUUCCUUCGAUAUCAGUGUAAUCUAAUAAUCAUGAAAUCUGCUGUGUUGGUGUAAUGUACUCAGGUGAAUAAGAUGUUUGUGUGAUGUUACUCUGAGUGUAUAUCCACACCGGGCAGGCUUGAAAAAUAUGCCUGGCCACGGCAGGAUUCGAACCUACGACCUUUGGAAUACUAGCCCAAUGCUCUUCCAACUGAGUUACGCGGUCAGGUCGGUUCGAGUAUGCGAUAUUUCGGAAUUUUUCAAGCCUGCCCGGUGUGGAUAUACACUCAGAGUAACAUCACACAAACAUCUUAUUCACCUGAGUACAUUACACCAACACAGCAGAUUUCAUGUCAUAUAUAUUAACUAUGAUAUGAUCAAGUGUUACCUGAUUACUUACUUAGCCUAGACUAUUUUAUCUUUACAAUUGUAAUAUUACUUUCUUAAUUGUGUUUAUCCUAACCCACCCUGUCAACUUUCCCUGUGGGAGGAAACCAGAGCACUCGGAGAAAACCCACGACUUUCGCCAGAGCGUUGACUCACUCUUUUCAAAUGAGUCCGUAGCGAGAAUCGAACCCACGAUCUCAGAGGUGGAAGGAUCAGCCUGCUCUGACAACUGCGCCACCAAAUUCCAUUUAUCACUGCACAGAACUGCCUUGUUCUUAAACAUCUCUCUAUCUAGGAUACAAUUGCUCAGCUGAAAGUGAAGUUGUCCAACAAUGCUAGGGAAUGUGAUGAGAGAAACCGCGUUAUUAAGGAGGUAGAGAUUCUUUCAUCCAACUAUCUCGUUUUGCACUGAAUUCUCAAAUUGAAACCAGUAUUUUCAUUUUACUUGCAGCAAAGAGAAGUCAUUGCUGUAGAGUUUCAUCAACUCAAAGCAGAAAUGAACAAGUACAGAGAGUCUGAAAGGUAUUUUGAUUUUUGGUAAAACGUUCCUAAAAAUGUUCUAAUGUAAUGAAGAAUGUUCUAAUGUAAUAUCUUGUGUUCUAAUGCGAUGAAGAGUGUUCUAAUGUAAUGAAGAGUGUUCUAAUGUAAUGAAGAGUGUUCUAAUGUAAUGAAGAAUGUUCUAAUGUAAUGAAGAGUGUUCUAAUGUAAUGAAGAGUGUUCUAAUGUAAUGAAGAGUGUUCUAAUGUAAUGAAGAAUGUUCUAAUGUAAUGAAGAGUGUUCUAAUGUAAUGAAGAAUGUUCUAAUGUAAUGAAGAGUGUUCUAAUGUAAUGAAGAGUGUUCUAAUGUAAUGAAGAGUGUUCUAAUGUAAUGAAGAGUGUUCUAAUGUAAUGAAGAGUGUUCUAAUGUAAUGAAGAGUGUUCUAAUGUAAUGAAGAGUGUUCUAAUGUAAUGAAGAGUGUUCUAAUGUAAUGAAGAGUGUUCUAAUGUGAUGAAGAGUGUUCUAAUGUAAUGAAGAGUGUUCUAAUGUAAUGAAGAGUGUUCUAAUGUAGUGAAGAACUUCUGCCCAUCUGCUCUAACAAUGGUGAUCACACGUGACUUAAAUUGAGCUAAUUAUUAACAUGUAUUUAUUCUAUCAUUUUCAGAUAUGCACUUACUCAACUGACGUUACAAAGUAAUGCUGCGAUCAAAGAAUUGGAUCGCUUAAAGGGAAAGGUCAGUUUAACAUGGAUUCGUCAUAAAGAAUUAAGCACGUCUGAUUUCAUGGUUUGAAAUAAAUGACCAACGCUCACCUUCGGUUUCUGUACAUCACAGAGCGGAUAACAAACAAUGUCUUCUCUCUGGGUAGGACAGUAAGUUCAUCUCAUCAGCAAAGUCACAACGAAGGCAAUGAGUAGCAGACUCUCAAAGUGACAAAAUACUGUUUUUUUUCAAUGUAGGGAGCAAAAAUUUUCCGUCUUGGUGAAAUGUGUCGAAAGCUGGAAACUGAGCAAGAGAAAGUUCUGCCAUUUUAUUCUUCAUCUUUGACGGAAGAAGAGGACGAACAAGCCAAGACAGCUGAACUUGAAGAACCCACAGAAAGUCUUGCCAAGGUACACCAGCAGCUGUUUUAUGGGAGAGAGGGAGGUAGGAAGGAGUAAGGGAUAGAGAGGGGAUGGGAGAGGUGGAGAAAGGUAGGGAUGAAGAAAUGGACUGGGGAGAGUGGAAGAAGAAUGAGGGGUGAAAGAGAGAUGGGAAGGGAGGGAAAGGCGAGGGGUGGAAGGAAGAGGGGUGGAGAAGGGAGGGGUGGAGAGAAAGGGAGGUAAGGAAUGGACCGAGGGAGAGGUGGAUGAAGGCAGAGAUGGAGCAGAGGGGGGAUGAGGAAGGAAGAGAAAUGGAGGUGAAGGAAGGAAUGGAAGAAAGGAAAGAAUGGAAGGAAAGAAAUGGAGUAAUAUAUAAGUUGAAUUUUUCUCAAUUUUUAGGUUCUUCACGAGUACACAUCGUUAGAAAACUUUUGGAAACGAUACAACAAGGUUGUCCUUGACAAGCUUACCUUGGAUAAAGAAAAACGCGAUUUACUUCAAGAAAACACGCAGCUUCGCGCUGUGCUCAAGCAAUAUUUAGAUGGUAAACUACAGCACAUUGCUCUAUACUUUCCUGAGAUAACCUGGUGGAAACCUUGCUUUAUUUUUUUACAUUAAUACUGGGGUUUUUCUUUCGCAGGUAUUUCCGUCAAUGAUGAAAUACUCACCCAACAGAAUCCACUAUUUGUUGUCAACAACAAAACUAAUGUCAAGUAAGUAAACCUGUCGUCAUGUUGUUUAGCUUGUGAUUUGUGAUGAGAACUUGAAUCGACAGGAUUUUGUAUCGGAUAUACAGACUCCUUCACGAUCAUGAUUUUUUCAUUGUGUUUUUUAAAAAUAAUUAUUAAUGUUCAGGCCUGGAUUACACUAUCAAAGUUUCUGUGAUCACAGUAGGAAUUUUGCAUCGGUAAAUUCUACGUUUUGAAGGAUUAGCAAAAAAUGUUUGUCAAUGGACCAUUUGCAUUAUAGACUAAAUUUUGAUCUAGACAAAAAUUUCAUCACAGCUUGAAAGAGCAUCACAAAAUUAGUAAUAUUCCAAAGUUUCGUUGCGAAAUGUUGUAGAAUGCGGAUAAUAUAGCCAUGCGAAGUUUGCCGUUUUUCAGUCAUUUUGUAUUACGCACGGGAAAUUGACAGCCCAAUCGGGUGUUGGGGCAUCAAUUUCCCGUUUGUACUACAAAAUGACUGAAAAUUGCAAUUUCGCAAGGCUAUAUUAUCCGCAUUUUACAACAUUUCGCAACUAAACUUUGGAAUAUUACUACUUUUGUGAUGCUCUUUCAAGCUGUGAUGAAAUUUUUGACUAUAGAUCAAAAUUUAGUCUAUAAUGCAAAUGGUCCAUUAUUCAAACAUUUCUUACAAAUCCUUCAAAACUUAGAAUUUACCGAUGCAAAAUUCAGGGCAGGAAAAAAGAAUUCUCUUCCUGGGAGCAGAACCUGGAGACAAAAAUUUCCUGCAGACCAACGGAGUAUUUUUGUGCUAAAUCUGCAUGUGCAUAAACAUAUAGUGUUCUAGCUGACCAUGGUUUGAAAUUCAAGGAAUAUUGUCUGCCAACCAUAUGUUGUUGCGCCCAUAGCGGGACAUGGGUGUUAAGGUUUGUUUACCAUUUACAUGGAAAUUCCGGUGAUUCCAUACGGAAAGUAAAUGGAACAAGCAUAUUUCGACGGCCCAACCGGAAGUUUUCAGGAAUAAACGGUUUGUUUGAAAAGGUUGUCCUCUCUUACCGAUUGGAACGUUUCAACCGGUAAAUUUUGUGCCAUUUACAUCUUUUAUUUUUUCACCAGUUCCAGGCUCUUCGCGAUUUAAUUCAGACCGAAUGGGUUUUCCAUGUAAAUGGUGAACACAAUCCUUCAGUGCCUUCCGGUCAGUCACUCUAAAUGGAAAGCGCAUAAUACGAAUGGGAUUUUCUAUCCGAAAUUUUGCUUGCCAUUAGCACAAUUUCAAACCGGAUGGGUUUUCCAUGUAAAUGGUAAACCAAGGUUUCCUUCAAAUUUUCAGUAGCAAAUCUUCAUUCAAAGGCAUUUCCUGCGAGCAGUGCUCACGUGCUCGCCCAUUUUUUCGGUUAUCGUUCCAUGUUUCGCGCACCAAUAUAAUUUAGGGUUAGGUAUUAGGGUUAGGUUUAAGGUUAGGGUGUGUAUAUACGUGUAUGGAGCAGUGGUAUAGAGGUAUCCAGUUAACUUUUCAGUACACUAUAUAAUAUCCAUUACAUAACGUUUACUAUAUUGGUGCGCGAAACAUGGAACGAUUACCAUUUUUUCCACCCCUGGCAAAAUUCCUACUGUGAUCACAGGAACUUCGAUAGUGUAAACCAGGCAAUAAAAAUGGUUAAAUUCUUUCAGAUUCACGGUACCAGUAAACGACGCAAGAGUCCGACGAGCUGUUCCAGCGACGGUAGUGGAAGCAGCGCAUAUCGUGAAACAUACUAUUUGAAAUGUGUUUCAUCAAGACUGCGGGACUAUCUGACAAGCUGAGUCAGAAAUUGCAAUAUGUAUAUAUUUGUAUAAUAAGAGUAAAUUAUUACCUACUUCUGUUGUGUUUGGCUGUUACUAUUAUUUCAUCCAUCUGACGGAGCAUCAGUCUUUAUUGGGGCGCUUUCCAUUAACACGGUCAGAC